GGGGCCGGCGAGGCGCUCGCGGCGGCUCGCGGCGGCCGGGCACGGCUGUGGCCCGCUGCGGUUUGCUUUUAUGAAUGGAGGGCAGCGGCUGCGCGUGCACCGCGCCCCCCGCCCGGGGCUGGAGGCGACUUCCAGCACUGACACCUGCCUCGUAGCAGCAGCCCAGGAUACCAGGCUGGUUAAUGUUUGCUGCGUGCUGGCUGUCUCCUAGUAUCAAAAUCUGACCUCAGUAUAUCAGCAAUUUGCAGUUCACUGAGAUGAAAAAAUCCACUGAGGCUGACCGGUGUGCGUUCAGCUCCUGUCCUUUGGCUGCCCGAGGAGCGCCGUUGCAGACGGGCAGCCUGUUACAGGCUGCAGCAAACCGCUCCCGCAGCGGGCGGCUGCUCAACGCGCAGUGCCUCUGCCUCCUUCCAGCUGUGUCUGUCGGUCCGGCCACCUGUACUGCCCGUGGCACCACCCGGCUUUGGCACAGCCCUGUUUUCCUGACCUUGAGGCGGAGAGGCUGGGAAGCACCGCAUCGAUCCGCGGGCGGACGGCAGGAAGGAAGGCGCUCAGGAGCGCCUCUGUGCUCAGAGAAACCCGAAUACGAGCGAAGGGCUGGGUGUGGAGCCGUGGUGCAAGCUGCUACCAUUUGGAGCUUUUAUGCUCAGCUGAACUCAGCGGGGAACCUGCCUGAUGCCGCAGCAGGCGCUUGUCCGCAAGCUCGGCGCUCGCCCCCUGGAAAGUACGGCAGUGGGUUCACCAGCCGAGGGGCUCUGCCAUGUUGCACAGGCUUUCCUGAUACAAAUCUCUCAGGACCCGGUCGACCCGAGCGCUGUGAGCCGAGGUGCUGCAGCCACGCACACCCCACCUGGGGGUCCCGGGGGCAGUGGGGGCCUUCAGGCUGCCCACGGGGCUCUGCGGGCUGCUGCCAGCCCAGCCUGGGACCUGCCCAGGAGGCUGCCAUCGCCCGGGGAGAGUGUGAACCCAGCUGUCUGAGCUGUGCCGAUGGCCCAGAGGUGCUUGCAAGGCUGUGCGAAGAUGCCCAUCGUUUACUGGGAGGAUCCUCCCAAAAGAAGUCUGAGGUUCAGAUGAAACAAAGCAGAGCCAACGAUCCAACUGCAUCUUACUUCUCCAGAUUUCUCUUGUGGAUGUCAAUACGGUGGUGCAGGCUACUGUGCACUGCCGAGCAAGGCAUUCGAGGGCUGCUGCGUGUGCUUGUUUUGCUCUGGGGACCGGGAAAGACAAGUCCCAUCGACGAGGUGCUUGUUCCUCGUGUCCCAUGGCAGCAAGGUGCAGACUCCCUGCUGAUGGCCCUGUGUGGGACACCCUGCCCCAUGCACCCUGAUCUCAAGUGA